AUGGCUGUGAUGAUCCAAGUUCAAACAAUUAUUGAUCUGGACAAGAAUAACGGAAGGAAGAAGCUGCGGCUUCUAAACGUCUCCCAGAAGAACAUCAUCACAGUCUCGGACGAAGAUCUAGACAAGAUUCUGAAAUCCAAAGUCACUGUGACCAUGUGCAUCGUCCCGCUGGUUUUUCCAAACAUGUCUGUUCUGACUUUGAUGUCUACUGGGAAGACUCAUCCAGUCAAAUUGUUAUCCAAGUACGAUUGUCUCAUGAUUGUGAUAAGUGUCACAACCACUUGGGAGGCCAGUGUCUUCUUGAUGCCAACGACAAGUUUUACUGCAAAUAUGAAAGUUACAGAGCCUACUUGGGUCCUCUUCUCUUACGCCGAACUUGAGAAAGCCACAAAUAACUUUGAUCAUUCAAGAGAACUUGGAACUAGAGGUUUUGACAUUGUUUGCCAUGAGCAGUUCAUAAAUGAAGUCAAGAUUCUGACUCACCUAUGCCAUCGCAACCCUGUGUCUCUUUAUGGUUGUUCUUCAUGUCACUGUCACGAACUUCUUCUUGUCUACGAAUACAUUCCAAAUGGCACUGUUUACUGUCAUCUUCAUGGUGUGCUAGCCAAUCGUGGUCUCCUGCCAUGGCUUAUAAGAAUCAAAAUAGCCAUAGAAACUGCCACUGCUUUGGCUUACCUUCAUGCUUCAGACAUUAUCCAUUGUGAUGUCAAAACCAACAACAUCCUCCUAGAAAAUAACUUUUGUGUUAAGGUUGUAGAUUUUGGUCUUUCAAGGUUGUUUCCCAAUGCUGUCACGCAUGUUUCCACUGCUUCACAAGGGAAACCCAGGUUAUAUAUUAUGUGGGAUAAAGGUGAGAUAAACUUGGCAAAUAUUGUGGGGAAGAAGAUUCAAGAGGGUGCAUUUGGGGAGCUAGUUCAUCCUUUGCUAAGAUUUGAGUCAGAUAGCGAGGUUAGGAGGAUGAUACUUACAGUGGCAGAGUUGGCUUUUCAGUGUUUACAGAGGGACAAAGACUUGAAACCUUCUAUGGAUGAGGUUUUGAACUUUUUAAAGAGAAUUGAGAGAGGAAAUGAGAAGAUUGAUCACGUAGAUGACGUAGAUAUUCAUGACGCUAUUGGGAUUCCACACAGUAGUUAUGCUGCACAUUCUUCAUCACCAUACCAUCUUGCCAGAUUGUGA